UUAACGCUUAUAAUAAAAAUAAUAUAGAGUAUACGUGUCAACCUAGUAGUUAUUUACAACGCAGUUCUUUCAGUUCAAUUUUCUAUCUAUACGACACACGUGGUUAAUAAGAAAAUCAAACAUUUUCGUAUCGGUGACCUGUUUUUUUUUGACACAAUGUGUAGAUGCACUUUAAAAAACAGUGAAUGACCUCUGAUGACCUUUAUCCCUUAGGUCUGAACAAUUAUACAAGGUCAUGUUAUCAUCAAACACCAUCGUAAUUUUUCAAAUACUAAAUAUUCAUCAAGAGAAGUAUCAUAGAACAAUUCUCCUAUUGGGAGGAUAAAAUGAGUAAAAGUGUUGAAUUUCUAUCAAUGGCUGAGGACAACGAACAAGCAUGUGAACCAAAUAUAGAAGAUAAAUCUAGACUUAAUUUUAAUGGAAGUAGACAAAUAUCAAAGAGUGCAACCGAAUUGAGAAAUAAUGAAUCAGAUAGUUCAAAUAAAUCGCCAAUUCACCGAAUACAAAAUGAAAAAGAAAUAACGACAAGUCAUCAACAUCGACAUGCAUCAGUGGCUCAAAAAACUCAUAUCUUUUUUGCCACCCUGAAAAAUCGUUGGACACGAAGUAAAAGUAAAGAAAGAAAAAAAUCGAAAGAAUCAUCAAUUUUUCUUAGUCAAGAUUCAAAAAAUAUUGGCGUCGAAUCUGAUUAUGCUGCUGAUUAUUCAUCGGAACAUAGUCAUAGUUCUUCUGCCACUCAAAGUCCAGCUAAACAUUAUUUACAUCAUCCAGAAUCACCUCUUACAAAUCGCAAAAAGGAUCAAACAAAUCUUAAAGAAGAUGGAUUAGAUGAUUGCACAGAAGCAUCUUGUAAACAAAGACAAAAGGAUGAGGGUUUUGAAGAUGGAAAAACAAAUGGAAUUGUUGAUAUUAAUUUAUCGGAACAAACUCGACGAAGGGAAUUAGCAUUGAGGCAACAUGCAUUUUUUCAAUUACGACUUCAUAUAAAAAGAGGCGCCAAUCUCGUUGCAAUGGAUAGAUGUGGUGCUAGUGAUCCGUAUGUUAAGAUAAAAUCUGCUGGACGACUUUUGCACAAGACACGAACAGUUCACAGGGAUUUAAAUCCAACAUGGGAUGAAAGUAUUACCUUACCAAUAGAGGAUCCAUUUCAAACAAUUAAUAUUAAGGUUUUUGAUUACGAUUGGGGUCUCCAAGAUGAUUUUAUGGGUGCAGCAAUAUUAGAUUUAACACAAUUAGAUUUAUGCCAAUCCCAAGAUAUAAUAUUGGAGCUAAAGGAUCCCGCAAGACCGCAACAGUAUUUAGGUGAAAUUUUUUUAACAGCUUCACUUUGGCCGAAAAAUCAACAAGAAAAAGAGCAGUAUUUUCAGAAGAGUAACAGACUGGCAGACGUAAAUCGCAAACUAAAAUCCCAAAUAUGGAGUUCAGUGGUGACAAUUGUUUUAGUUGAAGCGAAAAAUUUAUUACCAAUGGACGUUGAUGGUUUAUCAGAUCCAUUCGUAAAAUUUCGAUUGGGUGCAGAAAAAUAUAAAUCGAAAGUGGUUAAUAAAAAUUUAAAUCCAGUAUGGUUGGAACAAUUUGAUCUUCAUCUUUAUGAUGAUCCACACAUAGGUCAAGAAUUAGAAGUGACAGUUUGGGAUCGUGAUAAAAGUCAUCAAGAUGAUUUAAUGGGAAAAUGUAUAAUAAAUUUAGAUACCUUGGAACGUGAAACAACACAUAGAUUAUGGCGUGAACUUGAAGAUGGAGCUGGAAGUAUUUUUUUGUUAUUAACAAUUAGUGGUACAACUGCUAGUGAAACAAUUAGUGAUUUAGCUGCUCAUGAAGAAACACCACGAGAAAGAGCACAACUUUUAUUAAAAUAUUCAUUAAUGAAUACAUUACGAAGACCAAAAGAUGUUGGACAUUUAAUUGUCAAGGUUUAUAGAGCACAUGGCCUUGCAGCUGCUGAUUUAGGUGGUAAAAGUGAUCCAUUUUGUGUUUUAGAAUUAGUCAACGCUAGAUUGCAAACACAAACGGAAUACAAAACACUAACACCAAAUUGGCAGAAAAUUUUUACAUUCAAUGUGAAAGAUAUUAAUUCUGUAUUGGAAGUAACUGUAUACGAUGAGGAUAGGGAUCAUAAAGUUGAAUUUCUCGGUAAAGUAGCAAUUCCGCUAUUAAAAAUAAAAAAUGGUGAAAAAAGAUGGUACGCUUUGAAGGAUAAAAAAUUAAGAGGUCGAGCUAAGGGAAAUUCACCUCAAAUUCUGUUAGAAAUGACGGUAAUAUGGAAUAUAAUAAGAGCUUAUAUAAGAACUAUUAAUCCCAAGGAAAAAAAAUAUAUGGAACCGGAAAUGAAAUUUAAAAGACAAGUUUUUUUACGAAAUGUUCUUAGGCUCAAGGCUAUUAUUGUUAUUUUCAUCGAUUUGGGAAAAUACAUUCAGAGCUGUUUUGAGUGGGAAAAUAAAAUGAGAAGUGCCAUUGCUCUUAUUCUCUUUGUACUUGGCUGUUACUAUUUUCAACCGUACAUGGUACCCACUGCAGCGUUACUUAUUCUCUUAAAAUAUUAUGUGGUUGCUGUACUGACAGGAGCACCCGUUUCUCAUCAGGUGGGGCACAACUUAGCAAAUUCGAAUGAAUCGGUAACGGAUGAUGGUCCUCCUACUCCAGGUGAUGACGACGAUGACGACGACGACAAGGAUAAGGAGGAAAAAAGAAGUCUCAAAGAACGUCUUCAGGCUAUACAGGAAGUAACACAAACUGUGCAAAAUUCAAUUGGCUAUUUAGCUAGCCUUUGUGAAAGAGUCAAAAAUCUAUUCAACUUCACAGUUCCCUAUUUGAGUUAUCUCGCUAUAAUAAUGACAAUUUUUGGAGUAAUUGUACUUUAUUUAAUACCAGUGAGAUUUCUAAUUUUGGCAUUGGGUGUGAAUAAAUUUUCAAGAAAGAUCUUUCGACCACAUACGGUGCCUAACAAUGAAGUUCUUGAUCUUAUAUGCAGAGUUCCAGAUGAUGAGGAAAUUCUUAAUUACAGAGAAUUAAAGCCUUUACCUACUGCCGACUGUGAUAAAAGUGGUACAUCAGGAACAUCUCAAGGUAGCUUAUCAAGGAGAGAAUUAAGACGAAGACAAAAAAUGGCGUAACAGAUUAUCCCGCGGCAAGAAGUCGCGGGUCUACGGCCGUCCGAUCUCUUUAAAACUGUUUUGAUGCGUAAAAAACUUUUAAGAAACAGAAAAAAUUCUAAUGAAAAAUUGGAAAUUUUAGAAAUUGACUGAUCCAAAAAAAAAAAAAAAUCUUAGAUUUUUCUAAUUAAAAUUAAUAUUUUUGUUUAAUAGAUACCCUUAUUAUUAAAUUUGAAAAAAAAAGAAAAUUUUAGGGUAGAAAUAAUUGUUCCCAAUCGUUAAAAAAAAUUGAUUUUGAUGUAAAGUUUUUUAAACUUAUUCCGCUGUGUGUGAUAUUGAUAUUUUUAUUCCUUUUUUUAAUCUACAAUCACAAUAUUUGUCUUUCCAUUCGCUUCCUUGAAUACACAGAACUUCCAAAUAAAUAGUCAAAUCUUUAAUCUAUUUAAAAAAAUUUUCCAAGCGCACCUAAAAUAUUAUAAAAAUCUCUACCGCAGGUUAGUGAAUUUCAAUCUGUUGUUAAUUAAAAACUUUUUAUAUUUAUAAGACUAAAAAUAUUGAAUUUCAAUCAUUAAAUAGCACAGAAAAGUAUUUAAAAUGUCAAUUUCUACUUUUUUACAUUCCAUAAAUCAUUUUUUUGUUAGGGUUUACUUGCUCGCUAGUUAAAAAAAAAAAAAAAAAAUUUCAACCCAAAAGAGCCUAAAGUUGGAAACAAUUGUUUCAAUUCAAAAUAUCUCUUUCCAUAAAAAUAAAUGUGUUUGCAUAAAGAGCGCUUUAUCUUUAAACUUUUGAAACUAUAAUAGUUAGAUUCUACAAAGCAAUAACUUUUUAGAAAGUAAAGCAUUUCUAAUUCACCUAUCUUCUCUAAUACACUAACAUAUAGAGUGUAAUAAUCAUAUCUGCAAAAAAUGAGCUGGCUUACACUAAUUUUCUUAAUUAAUGAAAAUUAAUUAAAAAGAAGAACGUUCAAUAAAACAAAAAAAAAAAUCUAUGUAAAUCAGCUCAAUGUCAAGUUUCUGCUAGAAUCGAAAUAGCUUUUUAGAUAUAUAAUAGCAUAUGCCACAAUAUAUCAAACAUCUAAAAAGCUAAAGGCAGAUACCUUUAAUUAAUUUUUUUUCAUUCGUUAUUUUAAAAAUACACAUAAAAAAAAAGUUAGUCUUUUUUUAAUAGUUUCUUUAGUACAAAAAAAUACAAUUAAAAGAAUUAUAAAGAAUAAUACUGGUUGUGUCUAGUACAUUAAUUAAUUAUUAAUUUGUUAAUAAUGUAAAAUAAUAAAAUUUUUCACAUACCUCAAAAAAAAAAUGUGUGUGAAUUACGAAAACUAGCGCCAAAUCACUCAAAAUGUCAAUAAAUUUCAAAUUAAAAUAAUUUCAUUGUAAAAUUUUCAAGUUUUAGAAUAAUUAUUCAUAUUCUUUAGCUCCAAAAAAAAAAAAAAAAUGUUAGAACAACGAUCACAGACCACGUAACAUUAACAAAAAAAAAACCUACUUAUCAAUUGUUAAUAUAAUAUAGGAUUUAUAUAAAUUUUGUCAAAUAGCGAAACACUUUUAUCACUCGAUGUAUAAUUGUUUCAAUGUUUGGCGCACUAUUGUAAAAAAUAACUUGUUUGUAUAUUACCAUUAUUUCUAUAAAAUACUCUCGCAGCAUUUAAAACAACAAAAAUAUUGUUUCAAUAUUUCUGGAAAUUUAAUUGCUGUAUGGGUUUUUUUUUACUUUAAAAAUAUUUAAUAAUGUUAUCUAAUUUACCGAUAUUAAUAUCUAUAUUUAUAUAGUGCAGUUUUUAAAAGUACGAGGUCAAUUAAUUUUAUAACUUCAAAAAAAAAUGUUAUUCAUAUAAAAGUUACGAAAAAGUUCUUCGUUACAAAUAGAAAAACUGGUUAAAAGCUGCCGUUACGUUUGUUCAAAGAAAUAAUGCAACAUUUUUCAUAAGGUAAAUUAGAGUUAUUUAAUAAUUAAAAAUUGUUAAAAAAAAUGUCAUUUUGAUUGUUUACUAGAUGUAAGUCAAUGUCCAAAAGCAUAAAGCCUCAACAAAACAAAAAAUUUUGUCUUCAUCAAACAUUAAUUAAUUCAAUGUCAACACGAACAAUUAUUAUAGUUAUUAUACAUUCAUUGUUUCUAA